AUGCCCGUGAAAGCAGUCCCCUUCUUCCAGCCCCAGAUCCGCAACGGUGUCGGUUCCUUUAUUCUCCAAUGCAAGAAGAUCACUCUGCAAUACUGCAACUGGGGCGGUAGUUCUCAGGGUAUGCGUGAGCUACUGAGCAAGGAACUCAAGCAGAUUGCAGCUGCCAACCCCAAGAUUGAGUUUGUUGUGCAGCAAAAGUCCGGUCACCCGUCUGUCAUUGGCGAAUACGUGACUGGCAAUAAGAAGUUUGUGACGGCCCGUAACCUUUCUGCCGCAGAUAUCCGCCGCAAGAUUGCUCUGGUGCGAGACUCGAGCGGUAAGCAACAGCUGCAAAAGUACAAGUACCCCGUUAAGUCUAUCAACGAAUCUGUGCGUGGUGUUUGGUCGCCUGUCCAUGCCCAGAAGGAGUACCGGUUCAAGAUCUAA